AUGGUGAACAGCCAGAUUGCCUUCUUAUCAGUCGCUUUGUUUGCGACACUAGUUGUCUUCUGUGGAGUUGGAGCACUAGACCCUAAUACCGUCGAUAUUGCAACAAGACGAAAUUGGUGCACUAACCAGGUUGCAACUUGCACCCUCAUAUGCAAGGAUGGUGGAAGCGGUGUCCUUUCAAAUACUUGCGAUCCCACAAACUUGAGUUAUGACUGUAGAUGCUCUAACGGUUUAGCUCCUAAUGCUAGCGAAUACACACAGACCAUUCCAUAUUUCGAAUGCACAUACGAUGUAGAUGCUUGUACUAAGGCUUGCCCAACCGCCGACCAAACAUGCAUCGCCGGUUGUCAAAAGAACUGCACAGCUGAACAUCCUAAAGUUGCGGGAGCAACACCUCCUCAGACGCUUACUUCCAGUUCCGUUGCCACACCGAGCAGUACUAAUGGUCCUGCACCAAACAAUUACUUCAAUUCUGCCAAUCGUCUCCCUCAGUCGGUUAUCAAUGGAUCUUUUGUUAUCUUUUUAACGGCCGUCAUGGUUUUCUUUGGUCGUCUGUGA